CGUCAUAGUUCCAGUUCCAUAACAUUAUUUCACUGACUAAAACAUGAGUUAAGGACAUCUUUGAUUGAGGUUAAUUACAGUUUUCUUGAACUUUAAUUCUGACUCAUGAGAUUUGGAUUGUCUAUUCCAAACUGGCGUUAGUCGCGGAUAUCUCGAACAUUAAUUUUGACAAGGCAAAAUCUAAUUAAAGUUAUUUGCGACACAUCCAGUCAAGCUUCCUAUUUUAAAUAUGCACAUUGAAAAGCGACGUCACUUCCUGUUUGGGCUCACUUGCCGUGGCGGGAAAUUGCAGCAUGGCUGUUCAGCCAAAGCAAAACCUGUCCAUGGACAGCGCGUCCGAACACUCCUUCCUCAACUUCUUCUUCUCCAUGCCGGAGAAACCGGAGACAACUUUCCGCAUAUUCGACCGCAGCGAGUACUACACGGUUCACGGGAAAGACGCAGCGUUCGCCGCGAAAGAAGUUUUCAAGACGAACGCCGUCAUCAAGCACUUGGGCUCCGGGAGUCGUAAAUUGGACAGCGUGGUGUUGAGCAAGCUCAACUUUGAGGCUUUUGUGAAGGACCUGCUUCUGGUCAGGCAGUACCGCGUCGAGGUGUACAGGAACCACAGCAAGAACAGUAAGGAGCAUGACUGGAAGAUUGAGUUCAAGGCCUCUCCAGGAAACCUCGCCCAGUUCGAAGAGAUUCUGUUUGGCGGCGGAAAUGGUGCUGAAGGCUGCACGGGUGUGGUCGCUGUGCGUGCCACCUCCGGCGUGGUGGCUGUGGGCUACGUGGAUGCGACGCAACGCACCAUGGGCGUUUGCGAGUUCCCCGACAACGAGGUCUUUUCCAACCUCGAGUCGCUCCUCAUACAGGUCGGCCCCAAGGAGUGUCUUCUCUCUCAAGGAGAGGGCAGCAAGCUACGGGAGGUGGUGCAGCGCGGUGGCGUGCUGGUGUCGGAGAGGAAGCGAACGGAGUUCAAUAGCAAGGACGUGGUCCAGGACCUCAACAGGCUGCUGAGAGCCAAACGGGGAGAGACGGUGGCCAGCAACACCCUCCCGGAGCUCGACAAACAGGUGGCCAUGUCCUGCUUGGCCGCAGUGGUGCGCUACCUGGAGCUUCUCUCCGACGAGUCCAACUUCAACUCCUUCAGCCUGACCUCGCUGGAGCUGGGUCAGUACAUGAGGCUGGACAGUGCUGCUGUCAGGGCGCUCAACCUCUUCCAGGGUGCACCCGAUGACACCAGCGGGGCUCACUCGCUGGCCGGACUUUUGAACAAGUGUCGCACACCUCAGGGCCAGCGGCUGGUCAACCAGUGGAUUAAGCAGCCGCUCCUGGACACCACUAAAAUCGAGGAGAGGCUGGACCUGGUGGAGAGUUUGGUAUGCGAUUCAGAGCUGAGGCAAACGUGCCAGGAGGACAUUCUGCGGCGCUUCCCUGACCUCCAGCGACUGGCCAAGAAGUUCCACCGCCGCAGCGCCACCUUACAGGACUGCUACCGCGCGCACCAGGCCGUCGACCAAAUCCCCGCGCUCAUCACCGCACUGGAUAGAUAUUCGGGCGACCACAAGGUCCUGCUCGAGGCGGUCUUGAUCUCCCCGCUCAGAGACCUGCAGGGUGACUUCAGCAAGUACCAGGAGAUGAUCGAGACCACGCUGGAUAUGAACCAGAUUGAACACCACGAGUUCCUGGUGAAAGCCUCAUUCGAUCCCGUGUUGAGUGAACUCCGGGAGAAAAUGGACGCCAUGGAGAAAAGCAUGCAGGCCGUGCUCAACGCCGCGGCAAGGGAGCUAGGUUUGGACGCUGGCAAGACGGUGAAGCUGGAGUCGAGCGGCGUGCUGGGCUUCUACUUGCGUGUCACCUGCAAGGAGGAGAAGAACCUGAGGAACAACAAGGCAUUCACCACACUGGACGUGCAGAAGAACGGCGUGCGCUUCACCAACGGCAAGCUGAGCGCGCUCAACGAGGACUACGGCCGCAGCAGGGAGGAGUACGAGGAGGCGCAGAAUGCCAUCGUCAAAGAGAUCAUCAACAUUGCCUCAGGCUACGCGGACCCUCUGCAGACCCUUGGAGAUGUCGUGGCGCUACUGGACGCCGUGGUUAGCUUUGCCACGGCGUCGGUUUCCGCCCCCGUGCCUUACGUACGUCCGCGCCUGCUGCCCGACGGGCCGCGUCGCCUGGAGCUGCGGCAAGCGCGCCACCCCUGCAUGGAGACGGACGCCGACACUUGCUUCAUACCCAACGACGUCACCUUUGUGCAGGGUCAGAAGAGCUUCUACAUUAUCACAGGCCCUAAUAUGGGCGGAAAGUCGACGUUCAUCCGUCAGGUCGGCGUCAUCGCUUUGAUGGCACAAAUCGGCUGCUUCGUGCCGUGCGAGGAGGCGGAGCUGAGCGUGAUUGACGGAAUCCUUGCCCGGGUGGGGGCGGGAGACAGCCAGGUGAAGGGCGUGUCCACCUUUAUGUCCGAGAUGCUGGAGACGGCGGCCAUCUUGCACUCCGCCACGGAGAAGUCGCUGGUCAUCGUGGACGAGCUGGGCCGCGGCACGUCCACCUACGACGGCUUCGGCUUGGCCUGGGCCAUCAGCGAGCACGUCGCCGGCGAGAUCGGCUGCUUCUGUCUGUUCGCGACGCACUUCCACGAGCUGACGGCGCUGGCGGCGCAGCGGCCCGCCGUGCGCAACCUGCACGUCACGGCGCUGACGUCCCAGAACACGCUCACCAUGCUCUACAGAGUCAAGCCAGGUGUGUGCGAUCAGAGUUUCGGGAUCCACGUGGCAGAGUUGGCUUGUUUCCCCCCGUCGGUAGUCGCCAUGGCCAAGGAGAAGGCCCAGGAACUGGAGGAGUUUCAGGAGUCGGCGGCGUCUCCUAGAGAGGACGAGCCCGAGGCCAAGAAGCGACGCAGCGACAAACGAGUCGGAGAAGACUUGAUUCAAGACUUCCUUGAGGAAGCAAAGAGUCUCCCCGCUUCCACCAUGACGGAGGAGGAGGUGAGGGCUGCGUUGAGGCGCAUGAAGACGGCGCUGCUCGGCAAAAACAAUGCGUACGUCUCUGAGCUGCUCGCGCACUCACUUCCUGUCAUUCCGUCUUGAUAUUUUGGACACCUAGCGUCACCUGUGGUAAAUGAUGAGAUCCACCGCCCCCCCCCCCCCCCCCCCGAAACUCCAAAACAGUUUUUCAGGUCACCGCAUUUUGAGUUACGCGUUUAAUAAACUUUUUCAUGCAUGAAAGGAACAAAAA